GUUAAAGGCCAGCUCUUGCAGCCAAUCAGAGGCAGUGUCGUUAACUUGUUCCUGGAGAAGGCUCUCGGCAGUCGGUUUCGCCCGCCGUGGAGAAGGUGGUUACGCGGCUAGACUGAAAGCUGAGGUCUUGAUCUUCCACAAUGGGUGAACCACAGCAAGUGAGUGCACUUCCACCACCUCCAAUGCAGUACAUCAAGGAAUAUACAGAUGAAAAUAUUCAGGAAGGCUUAGCUCCCAAGCCUCCCCCUCCAAUAAAAGACAGUUAUAUGAUGUUUGGCAACCAAUUCCAGUGUGAUGAUCUUAUCAUCCGCCCUUUGGAAAGUCAGGGCAUUGAACGACUUCAUCCUAUGCAGUUUGAUCACAAGAAAGAACUAAGGAAACUCAAUAUGUCUAUCCUUGUUAAUUUCUUGGAUCUUUUAGAUAUAUUGAUAAGGAGCCCUGGGAGUAUAAAACGAGAAGAGAAACUAGAAGAUCUUAAGCUGCUUUUUGUACAUGUGCAUCAUCUUAUAAAUGAAUACCGACCUCACCAAGCAAGGGAGACCUUGAGAGUCAUGAUGGAGGUCCAGAAACGUCAACGGCUUGAAACAGCUGAGAGGUUUCAGAAGCACCUGGAACGAGUAAUUGAGAUGAUUCAAAAUUGCUUGGCUUCUUUGCCUGAUGAUUUGCCCCAUUCAGAAACAGGGGUGAGAGUAAAAAGUGAACCAAUGGAUGCCGAUGAUAGCAACAACUGUAUUGGGCAGAAUGAACGACACAGAGAAAAUUCAGGUCAUAGGCGAGACCAGAUUAUAGAGAAAGAUGCUGCCUUGUGUGUUCUAAUUGAUGAAAUGAAUGAAAGACCGUGAAGGAUGUUUCUCUUUCCUCUUUUUUGCUUUUGAUGCAUAGCUCAUAUGUUAGUUUUCCUUUGGAUGGUGUUAAGAGAAAUACAACUAACAAUGUAAAUGGUUUUGGGGGCAGCGCCUGUGGCUCAGUGAGUAGGGUGCCGGCCCCAUAUGCGAGGGUGGUGGGUUCAAACCCAGCCCCGGCCAAACUGCAACAAAAAAUUAGCCGGGUGUUGUGGCGGGCGCCUGUAGUCCCAGCUGCUCGGGAGGCUGAGGCAAGAGAAUCGCGUAAGCCCAAAAGUUAGAGGUUGCUGUGAGCCGUGUGACGCUACGGCACUCUACCCGAGGGCAGUACAGUGAGACUCUGUCUCUACAAAAAAAACAAUGUAAAUGGCUUUUAGUCUUGACACUCCAACUACUUUUAAUUAUGAGAUGUCAUAGGUAGUAAUUUUGCUGUAUAACAAGUAUGGCCAAGGAGCAGCCUUACAGUAAGAGUAAUCACUUAAAAAAACAAAGUGUAUGCUUAUGCUGCUGUUGUGUGAGACAUUCCUAUUUUUUUGCAGUUCCAGUAAAACAUUGAAAAUAACGUCAACAAUAGCAAGCUUUCAUCCUUGAAAAGAUUUAUCAUUUGUUUUAAGAAUGAUCAAGGAUAGCAAACUGUAAAUGUGAAACUAUGGAAUCUUUAGACUUAAUUCAUUAAAAAUUUUAAGCUACAAGAAGUAGUGAAACAUGUUAAUAGUGAGGUACCCAGUAGAGUUAUGAAACAGGAACUUUAUUUUUCCUCAUGAUUGCCCUGUAAGCCCACAAUCUCAGCCUCUUCUUCCUGAGCUAGAUGGAAUCUUAAGGGGUAGUCUCAAGUCAUUUUUUCCCCAGGCAUUCAGUAAUAAGUUCAUUGGUCAUUUUCAGUUACAAGUACUCAGUAAUUAUGUCAUUAACUAAACAUUUUUUUCAUGAGUGCUGCUAGGUCAGAGAUAAAUAGUUCCACAUACAUUGUGUUAUUCCACAGUGUCAGACUUUCUUUUGAUGCUAUUUCAGUUAUGAGUCAUGAGCUAUAUGCAGUUCCUAAGGAUGGAUUCUCCUUAGUACUACCUGUUCCCUAGGUAGUCAGAAUCUCUAACACAAAGGCUCAAGCUAUUUCACAAGUCAGGCUUACAGAUUAAAAUUUACAUGUUAAAGUAACUUUUUUUUUUUGAUACAGAGUCUUUGAUGCUAGCCUUUCAUAGAGUGCUGUGGUGUCAUAGCUCACAGCAACCCCCAACUCUUGGGCUCAAGUGAUCCUCUUACCUCAGCAUCCCGAGUAGCUGGGACUGUAGGUGCUCACCACAGUGUCUAGCUAUCUUUAGAGACAGGGUCUUGCUCUUGUUCAGGCUGGUCUCACAACUCCUGAGCUGAAAUAAUCCACUCACCUUGGCCUCCCAGAGUGCUAGGAUGACAGGUUUGAGACACCAAGCUAUUGAAAUAAAGUAGCAUUUAAUAUCAAAAGAGGAAAGGAGGUUAAUGAACUAGUCCACAGAAAGUGACAUGGACAAGAAGAAGGUCCUGGGCUGAUCGUGUCAAUUCACUAUCAGGGAAACUGCCAGCAUCUGGAAAGGGGGAGUGUUUGAUUUUGGCAGAGCUUUCUGGGACAGGUACCUAGUUGCCUAUCACCAGGGACAGCAAGGCUGUCACCAUAGAGACUACCCUACAUAUUUUCUUCAAAGCUAAGCUCAGCCUUAAGGCUGGAAACCUACAGUGGGAAAAUGAGUGAUGACAGAUUCCUGCUCCUCUAUGAGGUAAGCUGCUAAGAUAGGGAUGCCCAUCUAGGGACUAUGUUUCCCCAGGAAAUGUAGACUCCCCUUGCUUUAUGAGGCCACAUGGACUAAGUUCUGGGUAGUGAGAUAAUGGGUAUAGUAAUCUCAGUGUUUUUAGAUGAUCCUCCAAUUGUCUUCCUUUUUGCUGUUUGGAUAACCAUAUUCAGGAAGUCACUGAAGAGGGCAGACAUUGUCAGUUUGGGUUUUUGACUGGGAGGAUGUAAGUCCUUUCAUUAACUCCCAUUCUCCUCCAGCUAAUAACUUUAUGUGAGCACUUCCCUACCUCCUCCCUUCUGCCACUCCACUAAGUUGUUGGUGGAGAGUUGGCCCUCUAUCUGAGAAUGUCUGCCUGCCCUUAAUGUAGGCAAGUGGUUCUCAAAGUGUGGUCCUGGACUAGCAGCAUUAGUAUCCCCUGGGGACUUGUUAGAAAUGAAGAUUCUCUGGCUCUACCCCAGACUUUCUGAACCAGAACACUCAGGGGGUAGGACCCAGCAAGUUUUCUUUAAACAAGCUUUCUAUGUAAUUCUAAUGUGUACUAAAGAUUAAGAACCACUGAUAGAGGUAAUGUCUUUUACCAGAUGUCCACUUUUGUUUCCUCUCUUGGUCCCUAGUUUCUGACAUAGGAAUUUGCUCCAUUGAGGUCUCAUUGGCCCUACAGCUAGUGAAAUUCAGUUUAAUAUAGCUAUAGGCCACUUCUAUGUGAAAUGUUCAUCUUUAGCUCGGUGCUAGCCACAUACACCUGAGCUGGCAGGUUCGAAUGCAGCUUAGGCCCACCAAACAACAAUGUCGGCUGCAACCAAAAAAUAGCUGGGUUUUGUGGUGGGCACCUGUAGUCCCAGCUGCUUGGGAGGCGGAGGCAGGAAAAUCGCUUGAGCCCAGGAGUUGGAGUUUGCUGUGAGCUAUGAUGCCACGGCAUUCUACCCAGAGUGACAGCUUGAGGCUGUGUAUCAAAAAAAAAAAAGAAGUUUAUCUUUUGCCUUCAAAGAUGCAUGGAGUGCAGACACCUCUUUAUCAGAUAGGCAGCUAAUUAACUAGUCUUCCAUUUUUUCCUGUUAUGUGUUUGGUGUAGACCUUUGGGCUGUAGGGACUCCAGAGGGCACAGUCCAGGCUCUUGUAAGCUUAAACUGAAGGUGAGAGUGUCUCCCAAUCCCCCUGUGAGGGAGCAAGGUGGAAAUUGCAUUGCACUUGAGUAUCUCUUUCCUUUGAUUCUUAGGAACUUUGAGGAGGAUGUUGUGCUGAGGUAUAAAGUGAGUUUCUGGCUACUUUAAAACCCUCUGCAUGUAAAAGCCAAGGAAUCACAUAGUUUUAUAAGUCACAACAGUUACAUGCAUUUGUGUGAGUAGUGAGAGGGUUUAGGAAUUAAAAUGCCAUGGGGAAUCUUCCUCAGUUUAGACCUUUGGAGGAUUUGUUUGUGUAGGUCUGUGAGUGGGACCUGACAUAAGGGUGCUGCUGAUACGAACUGUGGAAUGAGAAGCACUAGUGGUCUGAUAGUUAUCACAAGUUUAGAAGCUUCUGGCUGGGUGUAGUGGCUCAUGCCUUUAAUCCUAGCACUUUGAGGGGCCAAGGUGAGAGGAUUUCUUGAGGCCGGGAGUUGAAGACCAGCCUGAGAAAGAGUGAAACCCCAUCUAAAAAAAAAAAAUAGAGAAAUUAGCUGGGGAUGGUGGCAUAUGCCCCCAUAGUCCCAGCUACUUGGGAGGCUGAGGCAGGAGUAUUUAUUGCUUAAGCCCAGGAGUUUGAGGUUGCAGUGAGUUAUAAUGAUACCACUGUGCUUUAGCCAAGGCAGCAGAGUAAACAACAGAGAAAAUGAAUGAGGCCAGGCAUGAUGGCCUGUAAUCCCAGCACUUUGGAAGUCUGAGGCAGGAGGAUCACUUGAGGACAGGAGUUCGAGACUAGCCUAAGCAAGAGUGAGACCCCCAUCUCUAUAAAAAAUAGAAAAAUGACUGGGCGUGGUGGCUCAUGCCUAGAAUCCUAGCAAUCUGGGAGGCUGAGGCGGGUGGAUUGCUUGAGUUCACGAGUUCAAGACCAGCCUGAGCAAAAAGCGAGACUGUCUCUACUAAAAAUAGAAAAACUGAGGCAAAGGGAUCGCUUGAGCCCAAGAGUUGGAGAUUGCUAUGAGCUAUGAUGCCAGGCACUCUACCCAGGAUGACAGUUUGAGACUCUGGUCUCAAAAUAAAUAAAUAAAAUAAAAAAUAGAAAAAUUAGCUGAGAUAAAUUAACUGGGCUGUGCACCUGUAAUCCCAGCUACUUGGGAGGCUGAAACAGGAAGGAUCACUUGAGCCCUGGAAGGAAGAAAAGAGUAAGGAAGACACCAUGGCACUCUAGCCCAGGUGACAGAGUGAGACCCUCUUUCAAAAGCCAAUGAGUUGAUUUUUAAUGCUCAUAAAUUUGUGUCUUAACCACUCAGCCAUUACAGCACCCUCAGAAAAAUCUUGCUUCCACAUUAUGUUUCUAUUGCCUGUUCAAAGCACCUUGCCUACAUCAUCUUCUCUUUUCAGGGUUUAUUUAUACGUUCACAUUUGUUAAGGGCUUUAGAAGGCAACUUAAACUUCUAUGCCGUAUUCCAGAGAAAAAGCUUGUGCUGGGGCUUGAGGUCACUAGAAAUGGUAAGUGCAAAUGUCUUCAUGGGGAAAUAAAAAGUUGGCAUAAUUUGGAUGAGAAAGACUUAUGGCUGCAACAUAGUGGGGGAGGAGAGUGGUUGGAGCUGGACAAUUAGAUGAAGGCAGAUGUCCAAGUUUUACAGGGCCAAGAGAAAGAGUUCACUUUUUAUCCUAAAUCUGAUGGGAAACCAAUUGCAAACAUACUAGCCCAGGUGACAGAGUGAGACCCUCUUUCAAAAGCCAAUGAGUUGAUUUUUAAUGCUCAUAAAUUUGUGUCUUAACCACUCAGCCAUUACAGCACCCUCAGAAAAAUCUUGCUUCCACAUUAUGUUUCUAUUGCCUGUUCAAAGCACCUUGCCUACAUCAUCUUCUCUUUUCAGGGUUUAUUUAUACGUUCACAUUUGUUAAGGGCUUUAGAAGGCAACUUAAACUUCUAUGCCGUAUUCCAGAGAAAAAGCUUGUGCUGGGGCUUGAGGUCACUAGAAAUGGUAAGUGCAAAUGUCUUCAUGGGGAAAUAAAAAGUUGGCAUAAUUUGGAUGAGAAAGACUUAUGGCUGCAACAUAGUGGGGGAGGAGAGUGGUUGGAGCUGGACAAUUAGAUGAAGGCAGAUGUCCAAGUUUUACAGGGCCAAGAGAAAGAGUUCACAUUUUAUCCUAAAUCUGAUGGGAAACCAAUUGCAAACAUACAUAGCAAGUUGCUGUGUUUUAAUCACUACAUAAGAGAGCCAUUUUAUCCUGACAACGAAUGGCUGAGUGUUUAAGAUACAAAUGACAUUGGUAUCAUUUUUACCCUCGUAUUAUAGCUUCUCCACAGGAUUGUGCUAAAGAUUGAAUGGCUACAAAGCAGCACAAUUUAUGGUACUUAGAAAGCUAUCAAAGGUCAGCUAGUAUCCUUCUUACUGAGUUUUAUGUUUGAUACAAAGAAGAGGCUCAGAAAUUAUGUAAUUUACCCAAGGUCCCUCAACUAGUGAAUGGCCAAGCCCGAAUUUAAACUAGGGCAUUCUGGUGUCAAACCUAAGCACUCAACUUUCAUAGUCAUUACCUCUCCAUUCCAUUACAGUUAUAGAGGUAAAUAGGGAAGUCAAGAGCAGAAUCCAAUAUUCUGACCCCAGAUUCCAUGUGAGUAAGCAGGCUGUGAUAGUGGACUGAAGCAGGAACAGAUUUGCAGAUGGAAAUUGUGAGUUCCAUUUGACCAUAAUGAGGUGCUUACUCCUUCACUUAGGCUUCUGUGAGUACCUUAAGGGUAUGCUUACUACUUACAGUUCUGAUCUUCCUAAAAAACGCUAAUACCUAAAAAAUAAAAGGUAUCCCCAUUUUAUGAGUAAUGAAAAUUGAAGGUUAAAGUUUUUAUUUGCUCAGCAUGGAAUAUAGGUUAGGAAUUGGCAAACUCGUUUGUAAAGAUCCAAUAAAUGUUUUAGGUAUUGAGGACAAUACAGUUUCUGCUGAACUAUUCAACUACCACGGUUCAAAAGCAGCUUUAUACAAUGUGUAAACAAAUAAAGAGUGCUGUUGUCCAACACUGCUUUUUGUAUGGACACUGAAGUUUGAAUUUCAGUAAUUUUUCCAUGUGAAAUACUGACUUUUCCCAACCAUUUAUGCAAUCAUUCUUAGCUGUGUGAGUGCAAAAAUCAGACAACAGAGGGCAGCACCUGUGGCUGAAAGGAGUCGGGACCCGGCCCCAUAUGCCGGAGGUGGUGGGUUCAAACCCAGCCCUGGCCAAAAACUGCAAAAAAAAAAAAAAAAAAAAUCAGACAGACUGAAUUUGACUGAUGGCCCAUGAUAUAAGUGAUUGGAUUCUAAAUCCUGGAGUAUGAAAACAAAGCUAUACUAAUAAAAACCUCAGAAAUAGGCCACGUGUGGGUGGCUCAUGCCUGUAAUUCUGGCACUCUAGUAGGCUGAGGUAGGAGGAGCCUGUGAGCUCAGGAGUUGAAACCUGCUUUUACUAGAAAAGGAAAAAAAAAAAAAAAAAGAAAGAAAAAUUAGCCAAUGUGGCAGGCACCUGUAGUUCCAGCUACUGGGGAAGCUGAAGCAGGAGGAUUGCUUGAGACCAGGAGUUUAAGGUGAGCUAGGCUCCUAUCAUGGUACUCUAGUUUAAGACAACAGAAUAUGACUGUUUCAAAACAAAACAAACAAACCCCUCAGAAAUACAAAUUAUAAAAGCUUUUUUAUAGAAUUGUGCUAAGGAUUGAAUGGCUACAAAGCAACACAAUUUAUGAUACUUAGAAAGCUAUCAAAGGUCAGCUAGUAUUCUUCCUACUGAGUUUGUUUUGAAAAGUUUUAUUUCAUUUUUAAUUGGCAAUAAAUAAAUAUAUACAUAUGA